GGAAAAGUUGCCAAAAUAUCAUAUAAGAUAGUCGUAACUUGCUAAAACGACAUCUCCAACUUCUCAGCUCGAUUUAUUAGAUUUAUUGUCGAUGGUAAGACUUCCAAAACUUCCCGACCGGAAAUGGUCGAGCGGAGCGUGCCGGAAACGCGAACAAACAUCCCAACUUGGCGAAAAAAAAAAACAAAACAAAUUCAAUGCGCUUUGGAGCGUCAUUCGCGUGUUUAUUAUUAGCGGUGCAUAAACAAGGUUACAUGGGCCCGUAUCGAUGCGUUUAAAAAGCUAACCCGUCCUGCAAGAAAAGGACGGGAGUUGAGCACGUGGGAAGUGGAUUCCGAACGCACGCACCCCCUCCCGCGCUCGCGCCCCCUCUCCUCAAGGCGCCGCGCGCAGUCAGUCGCGCGCCGACCGUGGAAUCGGCAACACGUAUCAAAAUUUCGCGCCAGUGUGUACAGCAACCGCCCUAACAUUGUGCAGUGACCAGGGAACGUUGUGAUUUGUUGUGUGACGUAUAGUUAGUGAGACAGUGUUGUGCACUAUGCGGCUGUGCGCCAAGUUAUGAAUGGUCUGGAUAAGUGCUUCUUCGAUCAACGUGAGUCUCAGCAACAUGGGGAUGACUGCAGCUACAGUUAUAUAAGCCUGGGCCGGCUCCACCCGUACGGCUCGGGCAGCGGCAGCGGCUCCAGCUGCGGCAGCGGGCGGCGCGCGCGCAGCCGAGGGCUGUCCGACUCGCCCGCGCCCACCACGCCCACCUCCACCGACAACGCCUCCGACGCCACGCUCACCGACUCGGAGCUGCCCACGGCGAGGGAUUCCACUCUGCUUGUGCACAACGGCAUGCUGAGAUCUACAUACGACCGCUCAGACCACGAACGUUGCUUGCUGGACGGGACGCGCCCGCCACCCGAUGUGCCCCCGCGCAACCCGACCAUGUCGCGACUGAACGGCCGCAUCACCGGCAACCCCGCCGACUUGGCCGACUUCGAGCCCUCGUGUCUCGUGCGCACGCCCUCUGGCAACUUCUACGUGCCUUCAGGCGACAUACAGAAGAAUCCAUCGAUGGAUUACAAAUCAAAUUCCUCGUGUAGUAGUCCAGGCAAGGACAAGAGCACCCUCGAGAGGAUGGACCGUAACGAGCGGCACCCCGCCUUCGGGGCUCCGGUUCCGGUCCUCCCCGUCAGGAAUAACCUGCGAGCGACCCACUUCCCCCCGGCUGCCUCGCGGUUCCACUUUAGGAAAGGCCUCUCUUCUAGAUGUUCCUGGAAGUGUACUGCUGUAGUGUUCAUAGUGUUGUUCGUUCUUCUUUUAGCAAUUGCGUCUUAUACAUCAGCAUCAUACUUCGUGACCUCAUAUCAUAACGCGAACCCAUGUUCAGUGGUCGUUGGCGAGUCCACUGAGGUGUUUCCGGCGUCGAAAGCGACGACGCUGGAGUCCAACAAGUCUCUAGCACGACCGCACCAGACGCCGGCCACUGGCUCAGGUAAACGCGCUCGCCGAAGUGUCGACGAGCAUGCUAGUGAACCACCUUCUCUUUCUUCUUCGGACACUUCCGCUGUAGAUAUGCAUGAGCUAAUCACGCCUUCUGUGGACACCUUUAGUGUAGUGCAUGGUGUAACCAACAUUGAACUUGGAACGACAACCGACAUACCGCUUAAUAUUAAAACAACGACGCUUAAUAACCCUCCUGCGGACAAUACUGAAACUAAUAACCCAACUACAGAAACGACUACUGAGGCUAAUAAUCCUAUAGAAGCAAUAACGGAAGUUAAUCAUACAGUGGAAGCUAGUACUGAAACUAACAAACAGUAUACUAGUACUGAUGUGGUGAACGUAGUAACUAACGAGCCUGAUUCACUCAUUAAUAUACCGCCAGAGAUUGCGCCAAAAACAAAAAUCGAUCAUGAUAAUAUCGCUUAUGAACCUGAAGCCAUGCAAAGUGAUUCACUUUCAUCCGUUUUGUGGCGAGGAUUGCAAAGAGUUAAAUAUUUAAAGUUAGAAUCACAAUUAGAAGAAGUGAACGAGGAACUGCAUAUUAAAAUCAAUGAAUCUGAAGAUAUUGAUAAUGAUCUUGGGAAACUCCAUUAUGAUACUGAACGGAAUGAAGACCAGAUUGUUACAACAUCAACUAUAACUGCAGUACCAGUAACAACUGCAGGGCCAAUCAUUUCAGAAACCAAAACUAAAAUAACUACCUCUACGUCAAGUGAAAUUAAUAAAACACCUAAAAAGCAUGUUAUGAUUUCCACGGAACCAUCACUGAGUGUAACUAACUUUAACAACCCAAUAGAUAGUAAUUCAACUGAUAACAUAGAUGCCGAAGGAUCUACUGUAAAUUUUGCCGAAUCCAAGACCCCGGAAGUACCUAACUCAAAACAUGUUAUGAUUAAUCUUACAAUAUCGGCCGAUGGUGCAGACAACUCUGCUUACAAACCGCUUUAUUCGUUGACAGUGAAAGUACCUACAGAUGGCGAAAGCAAUGAGUUACCAAGUGUUCGCAUAACUCCAGUAGAUGUGGCACCAACCGAAUCGACUUUCAACAAUCCGAGAACAAUAGAAUCAACAUUGAAUCCAGUGACAUCAGCACCACCUAAAACUAUUUUUGAAGGGGGAACUUGUGAAUGCACUUGUCCGGUUUGCGAUGGGUCGGGAGACGGCUCAUAUGACGAUUAUUAUGAUAAACCGAGUACUGACAAGUCAGUAUUCGAAGAGACUUCAAAAACUACAGAUAUCUUCUCAACAUUAAAUUAUAAUACGACCGAAACGACUACAGAAGGUGAAACGUUAACCUAUGAAACAACCAGCGAAGAGGCAUCAACGCUGACUGACUCGACUGAUUCCACAACUGACCUCACCACGGAAACAGCAACCGAAAGCCCGACCACCACUGAAGCACCGAAAUGUGUAUGUCCAAAGGUUACUCCACCACCCAUACUUAUUUUGGAAGGUGCGCGAACAUUCCCCGCACAGUCGUUCCCGCCAGACGGGACGACAUUCAAACAAAUUAACUUAGGUGAAAAAUUAUCAGAAGAAAUCCCUCCAUAUAGUUACUGGAACAUGCAGUUCUAUCAGUCAGAAGCUUCUUACGUCAAGUUCGACUACAUGAUACCUCGGGGAGCUUCAAUUGGCGUGUAUGCGAGGCGAAAUGCUUUGCCCACUCAUACGCAAUACCACUUCCUUGAAGUCCUUAGUGGUUUCAAGGCGAGAUCCACGAGAGCUUCACAUCCAUCCGUAAAGAAAGAAGUAACGCAUUACAUGGAGCAAGGCCACUGGUUCCUAUCGCUUUACAACGACGACGGCGACCCCAGGGAAAUAUCCUUUAUCGCGGCGGUGGCUGAAGACAUGACCCAUAAUUGUCCUAACGGCUGCUCAGGCAAGGGUGAGUGCCUCAUGGGCCAUUGCCAAUGUCAGCCAGGAUUUGGAGGAGACGACUGUAGCGAGAGUGUAUGUCCAGUUCUAUGCAGUCAACGCGGCGAAUACAUCAACGGUGAAUGCCAGUGCAACCCCGGCUGGAAGGGCAAAGAGUGCUCCCUCCGCCACGACGAGUGCGAAGUGCCUGACUGCAACGGCCACGGCCACUGCGUGAACGGGAAGUGUUCCUGUGUGAGGGGCUACAAGGGGAAAUUCUGCGCCGAAGUCGACUGCCCACACCCGACCUGCUCGGGCCAUGGGUUCUGCAUCGAAGGGGCCUGUGUCUGCAAGAAAGGGUGGAAAGGCCUGGACUGUGCGACUAUGGACAAGGACGCGCUUCAGUGUCUGCCGGACUGCUCUGGACAUGGGACCUUUGAUGUUGACACGCAAACUUGCACGUGCCAUGCUAGGUGGUCGGGCGAGGAUUGCUCCAAAGAGGUGUGCGACCUCGACUGCGGCCCGCACGGCAGAUGUGUGGGAGAGUCAUGUGUCUGUGACCCCGGCUGGACCGGCGAAUUCUGCACGUCUAAACUCUGCGAUGCGCGCUGCAGCGACCACGGACAAUGCAAGAAUGGAACCUGCCUCUGCGUGUCUGGCUGGAACGGGAGACAUUGCACGCUAGAGGGCUGUCCACGAGGCUGUGCCGGCCAUGGCCAAUGCCGAGUGGCCAAUGAUGGCCACUGGGAGUGCAAAUGCUUCGACGGCUGGGACGGCCCCGACUGCACAACGCUGAAAGAGCAGAUUUGUGAUGAUGGAAAGGAUAAUGAUAAAGAUGGCCUUGUGGACUGCGAAGACCCGGAAUGCUGUCAAUCCGUCGCCUGCAAGGGCAGCCAGCUCUGCGUGUCGUCUCCCAAGCCCACCGACAUCCUGCUGCGGAAGCAGCCGCCCGCCAUCACGGCAUCCUUCUUCGAGAGGAUGAAGUUCCUCAUCGACGAAGGUAGUCUGCAGAACUAUGCCAAGCAGGAGACCUUUAAUGAGAGCCGUUCCGCGGUGAUCCGAGGCCGCGUGGUCACCUCGCUGGGCUCGGGGCUGGUGGGCGUGCGGGUGUCCACGUCCACGCCGCUGGAGGGAUUCACGCUCACGCGGGACGACGGCUGGUUCGACCUGCUCGUGAACGGCGGUGGCGCGGUCACCCUACACUUUGGACGGGCGCCGUUCAAGCGCUCCUCGCAAGUUGUCUUCGUGCCUUGGAAUGAGGUUGUGAUAAUCGACUCGGUGGUGAUGACGACGGCGGACGAGAAGGGCGGGUCGGGGCCGCCGCAGGCGUGCCUGGCGCACGACUACGACGCCAUGAAGCCCGUGGUGCUCGCCACGUGGAAGCACGGCUUCCAGGGCGCCUGUCCCGACAAGAGCGCCAUACUCGCCGAGUCACAGGUCGUUCAAGAAAGUCUCCAAAUCCCCGGCACCGGAUUAAAUCUGGUAUACCACAGCUCUCGGGCUGCUGGCUAUUUAUCCACCAUCCAACUUCAACUGACGCCGGAAAAAGUACCUCCAACUUUAGCCCUCAUCCAUCUGAGGAUCACAAUCGAAGGAAUCCUCUUUGAAAAGACGUUCGAAGCCGAUCCCGUCAUCAAAUUCACGUAUCCGUGGAACCGGUUAAACGUGUACCGGCAGAGAGUGUAUGGAGUCACCACGGCGCUGGUGAAAGUUGGCUACCAAUACACGGACUGUAAGGACAUCAUCUGGAACGUGCAGACAACGAAACUGAGCGGGCACGAUAUGAGCAUAUCUGACGUCGGCGGCUGGAAUCUCGAUAUUCAUCACAGAUACAAUUUCCAUGAAGGUAUCCUGCAGAAGGGCGACGGCACGAACACGUACCUGAAGCACAAGCCGCGGCUGAUCAUCACGGCCAUGGGCGACGGGCGGCAGCGCGGGCUGGAGUGCGCGGAGUGCUCGGGCGCGGCGCGGCGCCGCCGCCUGCUGGCGCCCGUGGCGCUCGCCGCCGGGCCCGAGGGCGCGCUCUACGUCGGCGACUUCAACCUCGUGCGCAAGAUCAAGCCCGACGGCGACGUCGUCACCCUCGUCAAACUCAACGCGACUCGAGUCUCCUACCGGUACCACAUGGCCCUGUCCCCGCUCGACGGCACGCUGUACAUCUCCGACCCGGAAUCCCAUCAGAUCAUUAAAGUCCGCAACACCGAGGACUACAGCGACCCCGAGCACAACUGGGAGACGGUGGUCGGCUCCGGCGAGAGAUGUCUGCCCGGCGACGAGGCGCACUGCGGCGACGGUGCUCUAGCCCGAGAUGCCAAGCUGGCCUACCCGAAAGGAGUGGCGGUAUCCAUUGACAACGUCCUAUACUUCGCCGACGGAACUAACAUUCGCAUGGUCGACAGAGAUGGCAUCAUCACUACAGUCAUCGGCAAUCACAUGCACCGAGCGCACUGGAAACCGAUCCCUUGCGAAGGAACCUUAAGCGUAGAGGAAGUCCAUCUGAGGUGGCCCACGGAACUAGCGAUUAAUCCUUUGGACAACAGCCUCCAUAUCAUCGACGAUCAUAUGAUUCUACAGAUGGCUCCGGAUGGCAGGGUUAAAGUGAUCGCUGGACGUCCCCUACACUGCCCGUCGCCGCUGACCGGCUAUGAUAUGGAACUGGCCACUUAUGCUACUUUGGUGAUGCCGCAGAGCAUUGCCUUUGGAGCUGCCGGGGACUUGUACGUAGCUGAAAGUGAUUCUCAGAGGAUAAAUAGAGUGCGUUUGAUAACUACUGAUGGCAAAAUCUCCCUUUAUGCUGGCGCGGAAUCUAAGUGCAACUGUUUGGAACGCGGCUGCGAUUGCUUCGAGGCAGAUCAUUUCCUAGCUUCCAAUUCCAAGUUCAAUACGAUCUCAGCCGUGAUUGUGAGCCCGGACGGCAUCGUGCACAUAGCAGACCAGGCUAACUAUAGAAUCCGAUCAGUCAUGGCCAGUAUACCCGACGCCAGUGGAUCCAGAGAGUAUGAGAUAUAUUCACCCGAUACGCAGGAAGUGUACGUUUUCAACAGAUUCGGCCAGCACAUUAUGACAAAGAACAUUCUAACCGGCGAAAAUAACUAUGUGUUCACUUACAACGUAAACACAAGCAACGGCAAGUUGAGCACAGUUACCGACGCGGCCGGUAACAAAGUCUUCCUCUUACGUGAUUAUGCCAGCCAAGUCAAUUCGAUAGAGAACACCAAGGGACAGAAAUGCAGACUCAAGAUGUCCAGAAUGAAAAUGUUACAAGAAUUACGAACGCCCGACAAUUUUAAUGUAACCUUCGACUAUCACGGUACCACUGGUUUACUUAAGGCUAAAUACGAUAGCACCGGACGUAGCUACAUCUACAAGUAUGAUGAGUUCGGUAGACUAACUUCAGCCGUUACGCCGACCGGCAGAAUCAUCAACUUGACCUUCGACCUGAGCCUUAAAGGCGCCACGGUUCUGGUGAGCGAAAACAAUAAGAGACCCAUUUCUAUUCUCAUUAAGGGUUCUUCUGUUAACACUAAGGUCGGAGAAGCAGAAAAGAAGACGAUCAUUUCUACGGACGGUAGCAUCUCCACCAGUAUGCCGUGGGGACAUGUAAUUUCAACGGACACAGUUCCGUACACAAUUCUCUCCGAAAUAGAUCCCAUUUUGGGCGAAAGCUACCCCGUGCCCGCGAAGCAGAGAACUGAAGUUGGCGGUGAUUUAGCAAACCGAUUUGAAUGGAGAUACUUCUUGCGCAGAUUGCAAUCUAACAAAGGAAAGAGCAGCAAAGCCGUGGCUCAGAUCGGUCGCAAGCUGAGAGUAAACGGUGAGAACCUUCUAACGCUCGAAUACGAUAGAGACUCUUCUACUGUAGCUGUAUUUAUGGAUGAUAAGGUGGAGUUACUGAACGUCACGUACGAUAGAACUGCCAGGCCCGUGAAGUGGGGACCGCGGAAUGGAAUCUUCGCCGAGGUUGAACUGGAGUAUGACAGAUUUAGCCGACUCACCAGCUGGAGAUGGGGCGAUCUAAAUGAAACCUACGGUUUUGACCGAGCUGGCCGAUUGCACGAGAUCAAAUACGGUGACGGGUCGUCCUUGGCCUAUUCCUUCAGGGACAUGUUUACAAGUCUUCCACUUAAGGUCACGACUCCUAGAGGCAGCGAUUAUCUGUUAGACUACGACGACUCUGGCGCGCUCCAGAACUUGACCACACCAAGAGGACACAUCCACACCUUCGCACUGAUGACUUCGCUAGGCUAUUUCAAGUACCAAUAUUUCUCGCCGAUGAAUAGACAUCCUUAUGAAAUCCUAUACAACGAUGACGGACACAUUUUGGCUAAGAUCUUCCCGCACCAAUCUGGCAAGAUAUUGUACGUGUACGACCAGGCGGGUAAGUUGGAGACGAUACUGGCUGGCGCGUCCGCUAUCCGCUACGUGUACCACGAAAAUACUCACCUGGUGAAGAAUGUCGAAAUAACGGACCCCGAUUACGAUCUCAAACAGGACUAUAAAUACCAUGCCGGCAUUCUCAAAGACGAGAAGAUGAAAUUCAACUCCAAGAGUGGUCUUAACAAUGCCCACUUCAAAUAUCAAUAUGAUGGCAACGCCAGGCUUUCAACGAUUGACGUUAACAUUAACAGCAAGGAAAUGCCCCAGUUGAGGCUGAAGUACAACCAAAACUUGGGUACCUUAGAAGGAGUAAGCGACUUGAGGAUCUACAGGAACACGUUCAAUCGAUCCGUCAUGCAAGACACGAGCAAGCAAUACUUCACCAUCACCGACUACGACGACCACGGCAGAAUAAAAACGGUGCUCAUGAAUAUUAAAUCAUUCGAUGUCUUCCGCCUCGAACUUGAAUACGAUGCCAGAAACAGAAUCAAGUCUAAAAAGAUGCUGAUCGGCGAUACGUCUUCCAGCGAACGAAUCAGUUACAACUUCGACGGACAUCUCAUGGAAGUGGUCGGCUCCGAAGACGAUUGGAAAUAUGUUUACGAUGAGAACGGCAACGUGAUUGGUGUGAUCGAGCACGGAGAGAAGCGGUACCUGGGCUACGAUAUCGGCGACAGGGUCGUCCAGUACGGCGACAUAGAGUUCAGCAGCUACGACGGCCGAGGCUUCGUUAUCAGGAGGGGAGAACAGAAAUACCGCUACAAUUCCCGAGGACAGUUCGUGCAUGCCUUCGAAAGGGACAAAUUCCAGAUGUGGUACUACUACGAUAACAGAAACCGACUGGUGGCCUGGAAGGACGAUAAGAAUAACGUCACCCAAUUCUUCUACACCAAUCCUCAAACUCCUAAUCUGAUCACACACAUGCAUUAUCCUAAAACCGAGAAGACCGUGAGGUUCCUGUAUGACCAGAGGAACUUCCUUACUUGCAUAGAAACGGAAGACCAGAGGUUCUAUGUCGCCACAGACCACAACGGCUCGCCGCUCGUAGUGUUCGACGUCAACGGCGAGAUCAUAAAAGAAAUCAAACGCAGCCCCUUCGGAAAGAUAAUCAAAGACACCAACCCCGGUUUCUACGUGCCCGUAGACUUCCACGGCGGUAUAUUUGAUUACAACACGAAUCUAGUCUAUCUGGACAACAGGCUGUACGACCCGAUAGUCGGGCAAUGGAUGACGCCGAGCUGGGAACACUUGGCGACCAAACUCAGUCUUCCAACGGAUAUUUUCAUCUACAGGUUUAAGAACAAUGAUCCGAUAAAUAAGAACCAGAAUGUCCCGUACAUGACGAACCUGGGCAGCUGGCUGGAGCUGUACGGCUACGAUUUAAGCAAGAUGAUGGGAUCGAGAUACAUCACCGACAUGAUCUUCCAACCGAUAACUUCCGUGACGGCGCCGCAUUUGGCGCCCGAUUUCGGUGUGAUGUCUGGUCUUCAGUGCAUCAUUGAAAAGGUGAACGACAAACUGUCGGACAUUGACUUCGUGCCAACACCCCUCCUGAAGAUGGAGCCGAUCACGCGCAACCUGUUGCCACGCGUGUCGUACAAGCGCGGCGUGUUCGGCUCCGGCGUGCUCAUCUCGCGCGUCGACGGCCGCGCCUACAUCAGCGUCGCCGACGGCGCCAACAGCGUCGUCGAGGACGUCAUCACCACAGUCUUCAACAACUCCUACUUCCUCGACGUACACUUCAGCAUACACGAUCAGGACGUCUUCUACUUCGUCAAAGAUAAUUCGCUGAAGAUCAGAGAUGAUAUGGAGGAGCUGAGACGGUUGUCUGGGAAGUUCAACGUGUCGCAGGAUGAAACGAAUGAUCAAGGAUUAGAGGUCCGAGUGCACGCGGUGGGCAAAGGGUCGGCGCAGGCGGUGAUCGUGCUGCGCUACGGCGUGGAGCCGGCGGCGGAGCGGCUGAAGCUGCUGAAGCACGCGCACAAGCGGGCGGCGGCGCGCGCGUGGGAGCGCGAGAAGGCGCUGGUGGCGGCGGGCUGGGAGGGCCGCGGCGCCUGGACCGAGGAGGAGAAGGAGGAGCUCAUCUCGCACGGCGUGGUGGACGGCUGGGCCGCCCGCGACGUGCACUCCGUGUCGCGCUACCCGCAGCUGGCCGACGACCCCGCCAACAUCGUCUUCGUGCGCGACGGCCGGCGGAAACGGAGAAAGAGCGGCCGCUCGCGCCACCGCUCGUGAUCUGUCUGAACGUGCCAUUUGACUCCGUUUCGAAUUCGGAAUCGGAACGUUCCGGGUUCGAAACGGCUUUAGAUUUAUUUUUUAUAGGACUGAUGUCGGCCUUUUGAGGAUGAGUUGUGAUCGGGAUAGCGGGAUAUUGUGGAGAGUAGGACGGUUUGUGGAACGGACGGGACGAUUACGUUUAUAGGCCAUAGUAGAGCGUUUCGUUACCCGCUUUGCGUACUUAGGCGAGUCAAUUAUUUUGAUCCCCUUAUUGUAGCUUAUUUUUAAUAUAUUUUCGCCCUAUUACUCAUUCUUGGACUGAAAAUGAAUCUCACGAACAACUCUCACAGGGUACCGGGUCAUAAAGAUAACAUAAUAAUAAAGAUAUAAUAAUGAGCGAUGAACUGAACAUAAUAAACCAAAAUACUCAUACGAUCACAAUUUUUAACCCUUUUAAAGAUUAUCUUAGUAGUACCUACAUAUUUUUAUCAAUAUACUCUCGUCACUUAGAAUUAUUAUUUACACGAAAAUGUAGCCCUAUCACAUUGUAGCCAAAUAUCUCAUGCUAUCCAUACUGUAAUUUGGUUAAUUGUAAAUACUAUUUUUAUUAGUCUCGUAGUUGUUCCUUUAAAUAAUUAGACCUAAGGUCUUUUUUUACUUCGCAAUACUAUUACGAUUUAAGCAAUAUUUUAUACCUAAUGUUUUUUAUAAAAGCGCCUCUGACAUGAAAUCGAAUGACCCCAACAACGCUAGCUACUCCGCGGUAGAACCUCGUCGGUAGGGCGAGCUCGCACGUUACGUAGCGUGGCCCACUCGGAGAGACAGUGUUCUAACUAGCGAUACAGUAAUCCCAUUAGAAUGGCCUCAUACUAAAUAGACAAAUAAAGUUAAUAUAAUAAUUUAAUUACAUAAAACGUUAAUACGUACUUCUGCAUGUGUUGUGCAAUAAAAAGGGUAGUUUUACAUGUAGAGGCUUCUUGCUGACUUAUCAUUCUACGCACGUUUCUAGAGACUGAGACUUAAUACUAUUUUUUAUGUUUUUCGUUCACGGACUGCUCAAAAGCAAAACUCAAACGGUCAGUCAUAUUUAUUCCUAUACACAAUAUUAUAUACCUUAUUGUUUAUAUUUGCUAUUUAUCAUUGAAUUUAUCUUUAAUAAUGAAUUGUUUUUUAAAUGAGUUUAUAAUAUUAAUUAAUGCUGUUGUUUUUGGGCGGUCUAGUGUCCGAACUUGUGAUUUGUGAAUUCCUCUACAGUAAGUCAGCGAGCAAGGAGUAAUUUAUAACUGUAGUUGAUAGUGUAUGUCCAUAAAUGUGAAUCAUUUAAAUUGUGGUGUCUACUCUGUGUUAGAGGUACUAAGUAGCUAGUUGACUGAUGUGGGCGUGAAUAUUUGAUACAAAAAUUGUUGCGGUGGGUACCACGGCACCCGGCGGCCGGACGGCCCAGCGUUGGUGAUAUUUUUGGAAUAUGUGACUAAAAAAGCAAUACGUCGUAAUGUAAUACGUCUUAUCAUUUAUUUAACUAUAAGGUGUAUUUUUAUUUAAAUUAAUUAAUAAUAAUGAAAUAUAUAUCUAUUGUGAAUGUAGUUAUUGAUUUCGCGGUGAUAUAAUACUAGAGCGGUAUAGUUCUUUUUUAUAAUGUAUAAAGAAUUCUAAUUUGUAAAUAGGUACUUAAAGUUGAGAUGUAAUCUGUAAAAAUAUUGUACAUAUCUUUACGCUUGAAAUUAUUUAUAAUUUACCCUCUAAGUUAGGAUAUGGUGUAAUAUAUCGGCAGAGAGGCUCUAGAAACUACUCCACGGGCGACUGCGGCUCACUCAAUGUAUCUACAUACAUGAGCUGUUUCCCACUGACACCCAGUUUUUUGAGGGUACGGUUUUUUGCAGGAUCCAGUUUUCUGUAGUAUGCAUGCAGGAUCCCCCAAACAGAAUCCUCGUGUGAAAGUUACUAUGUAUUAGCACCUAUACUACUAAAACGGGAUCCUGCAAAAAACCGUACCCGCAAAAAACUGAACGUCAGUAUGAAACAGCUCUAAUAAUAACACUUGAUACUGACAAAGGCUUAAGAUCGGUUUUCCUAGGAUUGCGGUGCCGUCAUAUAGCGGCCGUCUCCAUACUAAAUAAUACGGCUAAAUAUGGAUGUCGUAGUAUUUGUAUGGAGACGGCCGCUAUAUGACGGCACCGCUAUCCUAGGAAACUAGAGCAUUACACAUCAGUAACUACAGUUGUAGUGCAUAAUUAUGAAUUAUUUUCCAUCGUAUUUUCACGGAAACGUACGAACGUGUCUUGCUAUUUCAGUAAAUCUCGUAAAAAGUACUGAGGUUGACGAAGGUAGCAUGACAAAUACGAACGUUUCCGAGAAAGUACGAUGAAAAUAAUAUGCACUAAAUCUGUACUACAUCUAUUUAAAAUUAGCCCUAAUAAAUAAAUAACUGCAGUAUCAAGUUCUAUUAUUAUUAUGUGAUUUGUCGUUAGGACAAAUCGUUUUGCAAUAUCGCUAAAAUAAUUUUCAAUAGCGUCAAACAUCUAAUAGAAGAAAUGUUUUAAAAAUACUUCAUUACUGGUCUUGAUAAUGUCAAAAGGUGGCACUGCAAUCUGCCGAACUAGACUGUCGAAAUAAUAAAUAUUUAAUAGAACAAUCAAGAAGAAUCAUGUUAAAUCAUCAAAUUUUGUCGCUGCGUGUCGGUGCAAAACCGCUUACUAAAAUAACUGUAGUUAGAGUCAGAAGCCCUACCGCAAAGACAUCUUUAUCUGCCUCUCUAUCACUCGAAUAUGCAAGAGCGAUAGAGAGGCAGAUAACGAAAUUUCCUUUUUCACAGUAGGCCCUCAGUGCCCAGACUUAAGUAUGCAGGUGACAUGCCUACUUGCCUAAUAUGCUUGAAUACUUAAGGCAGGGCACUGACUGUUCAAUCAAAUGCAGAAAUAUCUAGGCUUCUUAGUGCCACUUGCACCCGGGGUUAAGCCGUUAAACCGUUAACCCAGUGUCAAAUCAAAUUGUACUGGUAACCAUGGUAACUCCAGGUUUAACCGGUUAACCGCGGGUUAGUGGGAUGGUACAAGUGUCGCAAGUGGCGCUUACCAUCAUUAUUCAUGACACAAUCAAAAUACACAGGAGAUAUUAAUGUGUUUGCAGUUGACAUAUUUUUGCUGCUGAUUCUAAGACUGUAAUACAAACAACAAUAAUUCCGUUAGUACCAUACUUGUCAUAGUUACUUACAUUAGAACAUCAUGAUUCCGUGUCGCCAUAAGGGUACCUUUCUACUGACUGUGGGGAUGAAAGGAGACACGGAAAUCAGCCAAUAGCAUCGGUUGUAAUCAUGGAUAAUAAUAUACUUACACACAAGCCUACGUCAUCAUGCGACAGCGCUAUAUGAUCAUAUGCGAUAGCGCUAUAUAUAGCGGCCAUGUUAUUGUGACGUAGGCUUAUGUCACUCUGGGAAGAGAAGACCAUGUUUUAUUAGACUAUGGUUGUAAUCCAACGGAUCGGAGAAGAGACGUGUAUUAUUGGUGGGAAUCAGUCUCCUCUAAUCUCCACUCAGUGGAAAGGCAACAUUAAUAUUGUUUACGCUUUCCGAAACAAAAUUUGUAUUAGAAACCAUUCGUUUCCGAACUUGCCGUUUUGUACUGUUAUCGAUUAUCAUCAAUGUUUCUAAGCAAUAGACUCAGCUUCUAGAUGUAAUAGAGCGCUUCACAUAGUCGGGAGGCGUAGCAUAGUCCGGGAUCCGAACUGCAUUUACCUGUACUAUAGUAGAGAAGCGUAGCCCCUUUAAGACUCUGGAUGUGUAAAGAGUUCCGUACUCGCUAGAAGUGCGUGCGACAGCAUGUACAGUAAUAACAUAGAAAGUAUUCUAAUGGAAUAUGUAAUAAAAAUAUUAAAUUAUA